AUGAUUGAUGAUGAAUUGAAUAACGGAACAUUGUACGGCUUUUAUCUAAAGUUAACAUCACCAGAUCAUGGUUAUCUCAGCAGUGCAGCGUGUAAAUUCUUCGCUGUAGCUGCAAGUAUCGGAAUAACAGCCGGAGCGCAUAGAUUAUGGACUCACAGAUCAUAUAAAGCAUCAUUUUCUGUGCAAAUCAUAUUGAUGAUCAUGGCUACUUUAACAUAUCAAAACAGUGUUUAUAUUUGGGCAAGAGAUCAUCGUUUACAUCAUAAAUAUGCUGAAACAGACGCUGAUCCUCAUAAUGCAAAGCGAGGUUUCUUUUUCAGCCAUAUUGGAUGGUUAAUGGUUAGAAAACACGAAGAAGUAAAACGUAAAGGUCUCACUCUCGACAUGAGUGACUUGGAAGACAAUCCGAUUGUGAUGUUCCAACAUCGCCAUUACGGCAAAUUAGUGCUGCUAAUUGCUGUCAUAAUGCCCAUCGGCAUCGAACGGCUGCUGAUUGGUGCGCCGUGGCGGGAGACCAUUUUUAUCUAUACCAUCUAUCGGUAUGUUGUUUCGGUGAACACCACUUGGUGUGUCAACAGUUUGGCGCACUUGUACGGGCAUAAACCUUAUAAUACUAAAAUAGGACCAACUGAGAACCCACUGAUGAAAAUAAUUGGUAUGGGUGAAGGCUUUCACAAUUACCAUCACACAUAUCCAUGGGACUACAAAGCCUCUGAGUUUAUCAACGAUUAUCGCAAUCCCACGACGAUUUUAAUCGACUUUUUAGCGAAGUUAGGUUAUGUUUGGGACCGCAAAACAGUUUCACAAGAUAUAAUCAAUAAAAAAAUCAUCAAAUCGGGUGACUUUUCAUCGCGGGAUGAUCAUAUGCUACGUGACAAUCUCACAAAGACAAUUUGGAAUCUGAUUUACAUGAUUUUGUUGUGUUCGUAUGUAGUUUUAGCUUAG